GAACUGCAUGCCAAAUAUUUUAAGAAGAUUCAUAACAGCAGUAUUGUGUGAAUUAUGGAGUCUAAUACAAAUUAUCAACACGGGAGCAUGUUUAAAUUGAAGUACUUGGUGGCACUGGCCGGAUUUAUUUGCCUAUUAAUUUUGAAUUACAUUUGGUCUCAAGACAUAGUACCGAAUAAAACAGGGGACCACUUGAAGCGUGUAAAAAAUUUAUCAGAUUGGAAUAAAGUGUUCAACAGAAAAGGAGCUUUAAAGCCUGUCAAGUACAUUUUGUACUGGACGAAAAUGUUUGACAGAGACGAUUGGUACCUGGGUGAAGGCGAUAUUUUCAAAAAUUGUCCUGUAAGUAACUGUUUUAUUACCCAUAAGAAAAAUAUGAUGGAUGUAGAUAAGUUUGAUGCGAUUCUUUUUCAUGGAGCCGAAUACAACAAAAGGAAAAAUGGGGUUCCGACAAAAAGGAACGCAAAACAGAUUUACGUUUAUGGAAAUAUGGAAGCGCCUUCUAACACUAUUAUGCGGGACUCUUUCAAUGACUUCUAUAAUUGGACCAUGACAUACAGAUUAGAUUCAGACAUCGUCCGUAGUUACGGUUAUAUUGUAAACAAGCCGACAAAUUAUAUUCCUCCAAAGCCUGAAGAAAUAAAAAGAAGACCCAAGAAGAUUGCCUGGUUCGUAUCGAAUUUUAAAACCGCCAGUAAACGAGAACAAUUAUACCAACAACUUAAUAAACUAAUCCCGGUGCAUGUCUACGUCAAAUGUGGCAUUCAACAAUGUCCAAGACCCAUUGAACACGUUUGUUACGAUAUGUUGGAAAAACAGUUUAAGUUUCAUUUGUCCUUGGAAAACUCACUUUGCAAAGACUACGUAACCGAAAAAUUGUAUAAAAUGCUUGGAAAAAAUAUCAUUCCUAUAGUUUAUGGGGGUGCAAAUUAUACUAAACUUGCGCCCCCGCAAUCGGUCAUUAACGUUGAAGAUUUUGAUAGCAUAGAAAACCUGGUGAAAUACAUAGAAUAUUUGGAUAAAAAUGUGGAAGAAUAUUUGAAAUAUUUUGAAUGGAAAAAGUCUUGGCAAGUUAAGAAUUCAAAUCCAAUAUGCGAGCUUUGUAAAAAAUUAAAUGAACCGUUAGUUACCAAAAGUUACGCAGAUAUAAAAAAGUGGUGGCGUGGAGAAAAUGGAAAAUUGUGCAAAAAUUUUCCUAACAUAUUGAAUAUCGUUUAAUAUUUGAUGUCUAAAUUACCAGUUUUUGUUUUUGUUUUGUCAGUUGGCGUAGUAAGAUAAUUUGCAUUACAUGAAUUCUUAUCUUCAUAAAAAUAUUGUCAUAAAUUAUGUACAUAGGUGUAGUUAACACUGAAACAAUGAAAGAGCAACGUAUAUUUCUAGUGCUGUUGAUUUUCACUGUGUCGUUCUUGUUAACUUAUUACAUAAACUUAAUUAAUUACUUACGGACUUCUGGACAUGGACAUGAAAAUAACGUUAAGUAUAUACUGUAUUGGACUCAAAUGUUUAGCAGAAAGGACUUCUACCUUGGAUUUGGUAGGGACAUUUUCCAAAAUUGUUCAGUAAAAAAUUGUUUCACGACUAACAACAGGACGCUUUUACCUGUUGAAAAUUUUGAUGCAAUCCUUUUUCAUGGGGUUGAAUAUAAUAUCGAAAAACAUGGAAGACCACACAAGAGGAAUAAUCAUCAGGUGUAUGUUUACAGCAAUAAAGAAUCACCUGUGUACACGUGGAUUCACAGUGAAUUUAAGGACUUCUUCAAUUGGACAAUGACAUAUAGGUAUUGAAUACUGUUUCAAACUUUAUUUGUUGUUAGUUUUCAAUAUUUCAGGAAAGAUUCAGACAUAAUUCAUAACUAUGGAGGUUUUUUGAAAACGACAAGAAAAUAUACGUUACCCACGAAGAACGAUGUAAUUAACAGAACCAGAAAAAUUGCUUGGUUUGUUUCGCGUUGCGACGCGCAAAGUAAAAGACAAAAACUAGUUACAGAAAUGCAAAAAUAUAUGGAAAUUGACAUAUUUGGUAAAUGUGGCAAUCUGAGUUGUCCUCGAAGUAAAAGUGACGACUGUUAUAAACUAUUAGACAAAGACUAUAAGUUUUAUCUGUCAUUUGAAAAUUCAUAUUGUAAAGAAUACACAACAGAAAAACUGUUCAACAUAUUAGAAAGAAAUAUUGUGCCUAUAGUAUACGGACAUAACAAUUACUUAGAGAUCGCACCACCGCGUUCUGUAAUUGAUGUGUGUGAUUAUAAAAAUGUGUCGUCUCUGAUGCAGUAUUUGAAAUACCUGGAUGAAAAUGUUGAGGAAUAUUUGAAGUACUUUGAGUGGAAGAAAAAUUUUGAAGUGCAGAAACCGUCUCCCCUGUGUGAAUUGUGCAAAAAAUUAAACGAACCCUCAGUCCAAAAAGUGUAUGGUAAUAUCAACGAAUGGUGGAGGGGUGUCAAAAAUAAUAUGUGUGAACAAUUGCCUGAAAUAGUACGCUCAUUGUAACUAUUCAUUAGAUACUAUCAAAAAAAAAAAACAUUUAAAAAAUCGUCAUUAAACUUAUUUAUAUUUAUCUUUUAUAAUGAAACAAUUUAUUAGUAAUGCAAUGAAAUAAAAAUUUUACUCUAAAUA